GCGCGGGGUUGCCGAUUCAUGGCGAUGGCGGCGGCGGGGCUGGUGGUGAACGGGGCGGAGGGCGCGGGCGGGCUCAAGGCGGCCGCCGGGAUGUACGAGCAGCUCAAGGGCGAGUGGAGCCGCAAGAGCCCCAACCUCAGCAAGUGCGGGGAGGCGCUGGGCCGCCUCAAGCUGGCCCUGCUGGAGCUCAACUUUUUGCCCACUACCGGCACUAAACUGACCAAGCAGCAGCUCAUUCUGGCGAGAGAUAUUCUGGAGAUCGGAGCUCAGUGGAGCAUCCUGAAGAAAGACAUCCCCUCCUUCGAGCGGUACAUGGCCCAGCUGAAGUGCUACUACUUCGACUACAAGGACGAGCUGCCGGAGUCGGCCUACAAGCACCAGCUCCUGGGGUUGAACCUGCUCUUCCUGCUGUCGCAGAACCGCGUGGCCGAGUUCCACACUGAGCUCGAGCGGCUCCCGGCCAAGGAGAUCCAAAGCAACGUCUACAUAAAGCACCCCGUCUCUCUGGAGCAGUAUUUAAUGGAAGGGAGCUACAACAAAGUCUUCUUGGCCAAAGGCAACAUCCCCGCUGAGAGCUACACCUUCUUCAUCGAUAUCUUGCUGGAUACCAUCCGGGACGAAAUUGCCGGCUGCAUCGAGAAAGCCUACGAGAAGAUUCUGUUCAACGAGGCCACGAGGAUCCUCUUCUUCAACACCCCCAAGAAGAUGACGGAGUACGCCAAGAAGCGCGGCUGGGUGCUGGGCCCGAACAACUACUACAGCUUCAGCAGCCAGCAGCAGAAGCCGGAGGACACCACCAUCCCCUCGACGGAGUUAGCCAAGCAAGUCAUCGAGUACGCGCGGCAGCUGGAGAUGAUCGUCUAGCGGGGCUGCGCAGGACUCUCUCUGGGUUUUCUCUACCUUCCCCUUUUUACUUGGUGUCUUUACUUCCGUCACCAUCUAUCUGCCGCCUUUUUUUUUUUUUUUUGGUCUUUUUUAAAGCUAUUUAAAGGGUUCACUUUGGGCCGUGGCAGAAGGAGCCGCCGUUGCUCUCGGUGCCGGGGGCUGCAGGGCGGCCGUGUCCCGGGGUGGGGUUGGGGGGUGGGGGAGGCGAAGCGCCCUUUUACACCGCUGCCCCGUGCAUCCCCCCACCCCGUACCGGUUUUCCGCCUGUCGCCGUCGUGGAGAGACGCGGUGGGAAGGGAGGGGGGGUUUGCAGCCCCCUGCGCCUCCCUGGUGUCCCGCCGGACCGCGCCGCGUUCAAUAAAACGAUGGCGUCUUGUA